AGCAGAACCACUCUGGGAAGAGGAUCAUAAAGCAGUUCAGAAGAAAACGCAUUAAGGGAGGAGAAGCUCUCCAAAAUGAGUUCUGUUGAGAAGCAGGACACUAAAACAGAUACAAGUCUGAUUCAGGCUAAGACAUCAGACUCACCUGAACCCAGCUGUAUCUCUGUGAAAAGUGAUGAGUCAAUGAAAGUUCCACAGCACUGCAGAGGUGGAGCCUGUGCGAGUGAAAUCAGUCUGAUGGAGGGUAAGAGAGCUGAUUCACUUGAACCCAGUUGUGUCUCCAUGAAAAGUGUCCAGUCAAUGAUACAUCCAGAGAUAAACUUCAGAGACAAAGCCACUUCUACUGAUCUGAGGGAAGAAAAGAAGUCCAACAAAAAUAAGCUGGAAUACAUAUUCAAGGAGGCAGAACACAAAGUGAUUACCUUGGUAAAGAAUGAGCUAAAAAGGCAGAAGAACCUGGUGAGUUUGGGUUACCCACCAUGUUCUGAGAGGGAAGUGGAGGAUCCUAUUGUCAGAGAGGCAUCACUGAAGAUCACAAUACAUGUGUUCAAGGAAAUGAAUCAGACAAAUAUUGCUGAAAAACUGCAGAAGGAACUGGUCUCUAUUUAUCAAGGAAAGCAUAAAUCCAAAAUGAGAGACAAAUACAAAAGAAUUUGUGAAACCUCACAGCAUGGAACCCAAGCGCUGCUGAAUGAGAUCUACACAGAGCCCUAUGUCACCGAAGGCUGGAAUGGAGACCUCAAUAAUGAACAUGAGGUCAGACAGAUUGAGGCAGCCUCCAGGAGACCAGGAACACAGGAGAAACCCAUAAAAUGCAAUGAUCUCUUCAGAGACAAGUCCAUCAGAACUGUGCUGACGAAAGGAGUUGCUGGAAUUGGAAAAACAGUCUCCGUGCAGAAGUUAAUUUUAGACUGGGCUGAAGCAAAAGCAAAUCAGGACAUCACUUUCAUGUUUCCACUUCCCUUUAGAGAGCUGAAUCUGAUGAAGCUGCAGAAUCUCAGUUUGAUGAAGCUCCUUCAUCAGUUUUUCCCAGAAAUAAAAGAAUUACAGUCAAUAAACUGUGAGGCCUAUAAAGUUGUGUUUGUCUUUGAUGGUCUGGAUGAAUGCCGACUUCCUCUAAACUUCCAGAACAAUGAGAGCUUAUGUCAUGUGACAGAGUCGGCCUCAGUGGACGUGCUGCUGACAAAUCUCAUCAAGGGGAAUCUGCUUCCCUCUGCUUUCCUCUGGAUAACCUCUCGACCAGGAGCAGCCAAUCAGAUCCCCCCUGAGUGUGUAGGCCAGGUAACAGAGGUACGAGGGUUCAGUGAGCCUCAGAAAGAGGAGUACUUCAGGAGGAGGAUCAGUCAUCAGAGCCUGGCCAAUAAAAUCAUCACACACAUCAAGUCUUCCAAAAGCCUCUACAUCAUGUGCCACAUCCCAGUCUUCUGCUGGAUCUCAGCCACUGUUCUCGAGAGAAUGUUGGGUGAAGCAGAGAGUAGAGAGAUCCCCAAGACUCUGACUCAACUGUACACACACUUCCUAAUCUUUCAGAUCAAACACAAGGACCAAAAGUACCAUGGCACUUGUGAGCCUGAUCCUCAGCAGACCAGAGAGAGUAUCCUGGCACUGGGGAAACUGGCUUUCCAACAGCUAGAGAAGGGAAACCUGAUUUUCUAUGAAGAAGACCUGAGAGAGUGUGGAAUUGAUGUCAGAGAAGCAACCGUCUACUCAGGCAUAUGCACCCAAAUCUUCAGGGAGGAGUUUAGGCUUUACCUGGGGAAGGUGUUCAGCUUUGUACAUCUGAGUGUUCAGGAGUUUCUGGCUGCAUUAUAUGCAUUUCUCCACUUUAUCAACAGAAUUGGAACAGAACAACAAACCACUGAUCUAUCUGAUCUUUUCAACCACACAAGCAUGGAUGAUUUCCUGAAGAGUGCAGUGGACAAGGCCUUUGAGACUGAGAAUGGAAAACUGGACCUUUUCCUUCGCUUCCUUCUGGGUCUCUCACUGGAGUCCAAUCAGACUCUCUUACAAAGCCUAUUGCCCCAGACAGGAAGCAGCACUCAUAGCAAAGAGGACAUUGUUGCAUACAUCAAGGCUAAGAUCCAGAAGAACACCUGUCCAGAGAAAUCCAUCAAUCUGUUCCACUGUCUGAAUGAACUGAAUGAUCCAUCUGUAGUGCAAGAAGUCAAAACUUACCUGAAACCUGGAAGUUACCAUUGUCUCCGAGGAAACAAAUUCUCGACUCUUCAGUGGUCUGCAUUGGUGUUUGUGUUGCUGAGGUCAAGACAGGAACAUGAGGAGUUUGAUUUGAGGACUUAUGACCAAUCAGAGGAAUGUCUUGUAAGGCUGAUGCCAGUGGUCAAAGAAUCCAGAAAAGCUGUGCUAUGUGGUUGUAAUCUCUCAGAGGAAAGCUGCAGAGUUUUGUCCUCAGUUCUUAGCUCAAACUCCUCCAAUCUCCGAGAACUGGACCUGAGUGAAAAUAAACUGUGGGAUACAGGAGUGAAGCUGCUUUCAGGUGGACUGGAAAGUCCACAAUGUAAGCUGGAGAUAUUGUGGCUGCAACACUGUGGCAUUACAGAUAGAGGUUAUAUUGCUCUGGCUUCAGCUGUGAGGUCAAACCCCCAGUCAAACCUCCGAGAGUUAAAUCUGAACCGCAAUGAACCUGGAGACAGAGGAGUGAAGAUGCUGUCUGAUCUCCUGAAAGAUGAAAAUUGCAAAUUCAAGACACUAUACAUUGAGACUGACCCCUAUGAGCUGGAUAAGGGAUUCCACUCACAUCUUUUCAACAAGAUACGCUCAGACUCUGACACAGAUUAUGCUGAGUUUUUUGCAACACAAAAACGAAAUGCAAAUACAUCAUUGACAGCCAACACUUUAUAUCAUAAGACGUAUACCAAAAACUAACAUUCUGAGAUUCAUGGAAAUAUUUCUGAUAUUCUUCUUUUCACUUCAGUUAUUGCUGAUGAUAUAACUUGUAAUGAAAAACUUUGUGUCAAAUUUAAAAAAGAAUGCUAAACAGAACCAUUUUCAUGAGUGCUCUCAGAAUUUUGGACCUACUGUGUAUAAAGUAUGGAAACAUUGUGUGUUGCACAUGUUUAGUUUGCAACCCAGAAAUUCAACAGUUAAUUAAGAACAGAGUGGACCACUGGCUUGUAUUCCCUUGUGUCUGAAAAUAUAACAGAAGAAUUUGCUGUAUUACUGCUUCAACUAUCAUUUGGUUUUACCUGGACAGCAGAUGCAAGAGAUGAAAAAAAUUACAAAAAUCAUCUUGCCUGUACUGUAAUUUUAUACAAAUAUUGGAAAUUGAAUUAAAUAUAUUAUAAUAGCCUCA